UCGGGAGAGAGAGAGAGGGGACGGGAAGCGAGGGUCGCGCGCAGGGACUGAAAGGAGGAAAAAAAAAACGGAUCGGGUGCGGAGCUCCGUGAUGUGUCUGGGGUGCAGCCGAACCCGACAAAACACCGCAUAGAGGGGAUUAAAAGAGACUCUUUUUUUCCACAGGGUGCGCGCACACAACCGCUCUGGUGGGAGAUUGAAAGCCGAGAGAUUAACCCCGGAGAAGGACCGAGCGAGGCGAGAGAGGCGAGCCGCGGUGGGGCUGGAAUCGGAGCACCAAUCCCGGAUGGCUAGGCGCGGCUGCCCUCGCUCUCUCUCCCACUCUGACCCGGCGGAGACUCUCGUAGGACCGCCGCGGGGCUCCGCGCUCCUGUGAGGAACGGUUCCGCCGCGUUUCCUCUGUCGCUUCAUACCCGGGCCUGUUUCCGCUGGAACUGGACGGAGGGAGGGGGGCGAUAUUUUUUUGGGAUCGGGCAUAAACAAACAACCGCUCGGCUGGGUGAGCGUCCACCAGGCAGCCUCGGAGUGCGCGGUGAGAUCUGCGUGUUUUUUUUUUCUCCAGCCCCGUCGGUGCGGGGUUACCGCGGCGUCCUGACAUGGCUGUGUUAGACUGAAGGAGCCAGCGGCAUUAUGGGAUGUAGCAGGACUGUGCAGUGACCCCCCGCUCGUUGGAAGGAAGCGUUCUGUCCGCGUACCGGAGCCAAACGCACAACGCGCGCACGCCCUCAUCCUACCUGCCAGAGCGCACGCCGCGCCAGCAAGCCCCGCAGCCAUGCCCGUCUUCAACGGCCUGCUGAAGGUCCGGGUGUGUGAAGCGGUGGACCUGAAGCCCACCCCGUGGGCAUUGCGUCACGCCGUGGGGAAGAGCGGCUCCUUCCUGCUGGACCCCUACCUGGCCUUGAACCUGGACCAGACGCGACUGGGCCAGACCGCCACGAGAACCAAGACCAACAGCCCGGCGUGGCACCAGGAGUUCUGCACCGAGGUCCGAGAGGGACGCAGCCUGGAGCUGUCGGUCUUCCACGAUGCCCCCAUUGGCUACGAUGACUUCGUGGCCAACUGCACCAUCCAGCUGGAGGACCUGCUGCAGAACGGGACCAGGCACUAUGAGGACUGGAUCGACUUGGAGCCGGAGGGGAAGGUCUACGUGGUCAUUGAUCUGUCUGGAUCCACCACGGAGGCCUCGGGGACUAACGAGAAUGAGGAGCGGGUGUUCCGCGAGAGGAUCGGUCCUCGCCGGCGGCAAGGAGCCGUGCGGAGACGCGUCCACCAAGUCAACGGACACAAGUUCAUGGCCACCUACCUGAGACAGCCGACCUACUGCUCACAUUGCAGAGAUUUUAUCUGGGGUGUGCUGGGGAAGCAGGGAUACCAGUGUCAGGUGUGUACCUGUGUCGUCCACAAGCGCUGCCAUGAGCUCAUCAUCACUAAGUGUGCUGGGAUGAAGAAGCAGGACGACACACCUGAGGAGGUGGGCUCGCAGCGGUUCAGUGUUAACAUGCCCCACAAGUUCAGCAUCCACAACUACAAGGUGCCAACCUUCUGUGACCACUGUGGCUCUCUGCUGUGGGGCCUCAUGAGGCAGGGCCUCCAAUGUAAAGUGUGUAAGAUGAAUGUGCACAGGCGCUGUGAGAGCAACGUAGCUCCUAAUUGUGGGGUGGACGCCCGAGGAAUCGCCAAGGUGCUGUCUGACCUGGGAGUUACGCCUGACAAGAUCUCCAACACAGCACAGCGCAGGAGGAAGUUGACUCCAGGGCAGGACCCUCCCCAGUCUCCUCCUGAGCUCUCCCAGACGGAGGAGAACAGCUUCAGCCAGCCAGCUGUCCCCGCCUCCCCCUCACAGCAGGACUUGGCAGAGCUAGAACGACUGCAGGACGCGCUGUCGCUCGACCAGCAGGGACCCCAACACUCAUCUUCCUCCUCCUCCACCAACUCCUCCUCGUCCUCCUCCUCGGUGGCCAGAGAGAACGGACAGAGCCAGAGGAGGACCCUGAAGGACUUUAACUUUAUCAAAGUCCUCGGCAAAGGCAGCUUUGGCAAGGUGAUGUUGGCGGAGCAGAAGGGGACAGACGAGGUUUACGCCGUCAAAGUUUUGAAGAAAGACGUAAUUCUUCAGGACGACGACGUGGACUGCACCAUGACAGAGAAGCGCAUCCUGGCCCUGGCCCGCCGCCACCCCUACCUCACCCAGCUCUACUGCUGCUUCCAGACACGGGAUCGCUUAUUCUUUGUGAUGGAGUACGUGAACGGAGGAGACCUGAUGUUCCAGAUUCAGAGAUCCAGGAAGUUCGACGAGCCUCGCUCCCGUUUUUACGCCGCCGAAGUCACUUCGGCCUUGAUGUUUCUGCAUCGGAAUGGAGUCAUCUACAGGGACCUGAAGCUGGAUAACAUCCUGCUAGAUGCAGAGGGACACUGCAAGCUGGCAGACUUCGGUAUGUGCAAGGAGGGCAUCAUGAACGGGGUGACCACCACCACCUUCUGCGGCACACCUGACUACAUCGCUCCUGAGAUCCUGCAGGAGCUUGAGUACGGAGCCUCUGUGGACUGGUGGGCUCUGGGCGUGCUGAUGUAUGAGAUGAUGGCCGGACAGCCGCCGUUCGAGGCCGAUAACGAAGACGACUUGUUCGAGUCCAUUCUCCACGAUGACGUCCUGUACCCCGUGUGGCUCAGCAAGGAGGCCGUGUCCAUUCUUCGGGCGUUCAUGACGAAGAACCCGGCCAAACGUCUGGGCUGCGUCGUGACCCAGGGCUGCGAGGAGGCCAUCAAGACCCACCCCUUCUUCAGGGAGAUCGACUGGGUGCUGCUUGAGCAGAGAAAAGUCAAACCACCGUUCAAGCCCCGGAUUAAAACCAAGCGAGAUGUGAAUAACUUCGACCAGGACUUCACCAAGGAGGACCCCGUGCUGACGCCCACCGACGAGACCAUCAUCCGACAGAUCAACCAGGAGGAGUUCAAGGACUUCUCCUACUGCGCCCCCGAGGAGGCGCAGACCUAACACACACACAGACACACACACACACACAGACACACACACCUAUCAGGCAACACUAACACCCGGCAUGCUUACACUCAGCGGAUCCAGAACACACUCUCUCUCUCUCUCUCUCUCUCACUGUCAAUCUUUUCCAUUUGAAGCUCUUGGUUGUUGUUACUUUUGGAGCAUUAUUUACUUGCAUUGUGUCGUUCUUGUUGCCUGGGUUUUUAUUAUGAAUAUGACUAUGAAAUUAAAUAUGAACACGCACACCGCUCUCACACAAAUACACGCCCUCAUUUUGCUCACCGAUCAGACAGACGGAUACGCUCACACUGCUUCUCUAACCAGCACCGACUCACACACAAACACACACACACACACACACACACACACAUAGAGCGGCGGUGCGAAGGCUUGUACAUAGCCUGUGUCGAGUGGCUGUAUCGUGUCGGUAUCGUCUGCUAGUAAAGGGGGCGUCGUAGCGCAUGGACAAGCACCCUUCCUGUGUUAUUACUGUCCUUAUUGUGGACCAUUUAGGGCCAAACACCCUUUUGUGCAAUACCAUGACUAUCUAUAUAUUUUAUUGUUUGUUUGUUUUUGUUUUAUUCUUUUAAAAAAAAAAAAAAAGUAUUGUUCUGUUUGGAUUUUUGGGUGAAAUUGCUUUGACUAUCACACUAUCUUUGACUAUCAUGUCCUCCGUACGGCGCCUUGCAAAAGUGUUCGCACCCUUUCAGCUUUUUCGUAGUUUUUUUUUGGGUGACAACCGCAAUCUUAGAUGUAGUUUUGUGUCAUUUUGUGUUACAGACCAACGCAAAGUGAGCGGAUGCUUGUAAAGUGGAAGGAAAGUGACAAAACGAUAGAAUUUGUGCUUUUGUAUGCAGCGUCCCUAAGUCAAUAGCAUCUUCCUCUGCAUAUAUACAGCUGCAGGUGACUUAUUGUAGGUCUCUGACGGUUUUGCACAUCUAGAGGCUGACAAUUUUACCCAUUCUUUGCAAAAUAGCUCAAGCUCAGUCAUUUUGAAAGGAGGGUGUCUGUAAGCCUCAAUUAUCAGGCCUUGCUAUUGAUUCUCAAUG